AUGGACCAAAGCUAUUGGGUUUCGUUAGAAUUCUCAUUUAUGUUACCCGUAUUGCCCACAAGGAUGUCUCGUUUUUUUACACAACAGGCCCCAAAAACUCAACUUUACACAAAUGAUUACAGAGCUGAGUUCCAGUUUACAGAACAUGAACAAGUUUAUUUAAUACAGUUAGGAAUUCUGGUUGAGGCAGCUCGACCUUAUGUAACGGUGGCAGCUCAAGAUAAUUCAGGUUUAGUCAGCAUAUUAAAAAGAUUGAAAAAAGGAAAUGAAGUUUUUAAUUGGUUAAUCUGUCUCGUUUUGCAGAAUGAAAUCAUCUUUGCUUCUCUUAGAAAUUCUGGAAAAGUGGCUGUCAUGGCCUCAGAAGAAGAUGAUGCUCCAAUAUGGAUAAAUGAUGAUGGUCCUUUUGUGGUGGUAACAGAUCCCCUUGAUGGUUCUCGUAAUAUUGAUGCAUCUAUUCCUACAGGAACAAGUUUUGGGGUAUAUAAACGCCUUGUGGAACUGGAUCAUCUACCUCAGGACGAGAAGGCUAUGCUAAAUUCUCUGCAGAGUGGAGCUAAGCUUGUAGCUGCUGGUUAUGUGCUAUAUUCAUUGGCCAUAAUACUCUGCUCCACCUUUGGUUCUGGAACACAUGCAUUUACACUGGAUUAUUCAACAGGAGAUUUUAUUCUCACCCACCCAGGCAUUAAGAUUAAUCCUCGAGGUAAUUUUCCAGGUUUUCGUUUUCUUUAUCAUUUCCAUGGUACAAUUGGUGACUUCUGCCAUAAUGUCAUGGUAUUGUUGUCUACUAAUUGGGGUGGAAAAAGUGACAGGAGGGCAAAUGCACUUUGUAUCUAAUCCACAUUAUGGGAUUCUGUCUCUUCAAAAAAAAAAACAUCAUAGCAUUAUGUACUAUAAAAAUACUGGGUAUUUAGAAUUUUUCAUGGCAGUACAGGCAAGUCUUCAUUCCCCAUAGGACCACCUGCUAGAGUCAUUUAUGUUACCCAGGUUGUGGCUUCUAUUUCUGAGUCCGCGGCUUAGUAUUUACGACAACCAUUAUUUGUAACAUUGGUUACUUUGCUUGUUAGAACACAUAAGAGUGAAGUUGAUAAUGUUAAAGAAGAAAUACUAAGAUCCCAUCUUUGACUUCUAAUACUUUAUCGACACUGUUAGACAAGGAAAAGGCAGAUACCCUAAAAAGUACUCUGCCCGCUAUAUAUGUUCACUUGUAGCUGAUUUUCAUCGAACAUUGAUGUAUGGUGGAGUCGCGAUGAACCCAAGGGACCACCUUCGUCUGGUGUAGGAGGCAAAUCCUCUUAGUUUUCUUGCAGAGCAAGCUGAGGGCAGAGGUUCUGAUGGGAAGCAUAGGAUUCUCCCAAUGCAACCUGUUAAGUUACAUCAGAGACUUCCUCUAUUUCUAGGAAGUCCGGAGGAUAUGGAAGAGCUAGAGAGUUAUGGAGAUGUUCAACAGAAAGUAAAUCCUGGUUAUGAAGUUUGAUGCUAUCAGUGAUCCCAAAUUACAGAGGAAUUAUGAUUGGACGUAUAACACUCACCUUCCAUAUUUCAUUGGCAGUCAAGUGCGGCAUGAAGAGUUCUGUCAUGAAAGGCUGGAAGAUGAUGUGGGAUGUCUUGCUCCUUUGUGCCUUUACUCAUAAUAUCAUGUAAAAAAAAUGAUUCUUCCGAAUGUGACAUGAGUACCUCCCCGAUCUAGCGAUUCAAUCCCUGUAAACAUGUUCUCCUUGUUGAUAAUAUCAUUUCCAAAAUAUCAGUUACAGUACCAGCAAAAUCAUGUUUUCAUUGCUA